AUGAUCUCUACCGGUCUCCACGAGACGGGCAAGACAGCUGAGCUGUUGGUCUUUGGAGAUCUCACAGCUAGCUUCGAGGAAGAGCUUCGACGCUUGCUGCACAUCAGAGGAAAUGAAGCCAUGAAUUCCUUCUUUGAGCGCGUCGCCUUUAGCCUUCGACAGGAGCUGGGUCGUCAGCCAUCAGCCAUACAAAACAUGUUCCCCCGCUUCACAACUCUCAUCGAUAUGGUGGCUGGGUUUGCAAACAAACUGGAGGGAACACCAGUCCUGCAGUUCUGUCUCAUGACUGUCUGCCAGGUGGCCAAGUUUAUCCACUUUACUACCGGGAAGCCGUUUCCAUCACCCGAGAACAGCUAUCUACUUGGGAUCUGCACUGGUUCCUUUGCUGCUUCUGCCGUUUGCGUCUCUCAGUCCAUACAUGAAGUUGUGGUUGCUGGAGUAGAGGCUACCAUUGCUGCUUUCCGAACAGCGCUUCGCUCAUUCCUACAAAGAGGCUUAAUCACCACCGCUGGAAAUAAGCCUUGGUCUGCCGUGGUUUCACGCGAUAAGCCAGUCAAGGAACUGAUUGAAAAAUUUACGAACGAAAAUCCCUACCAUAGCAAGCUGUCCAAUCUAUAUAUAAGCGCCACAACACCAUUCAACGCUACUGUCAGCGGACCACCCGAUAUCUUGAACGAUUUCCUUGCGCGAAACAACCUCCCACUACAUCGACUGCCCAUCCAGUCGCCGUUUCAUGGUUCCCACAUAUUCAGUGAAGCUGAUGUUGAAUCUGUGCUGACGGGCUUCCCGGAGGCUGAAUUCCAAGAGUACAAACCUCGAAUCCCCAUAUUUUCAGGCUCUACGGGAGGAGUGGUUCAAGCAACCGACUUUAAAAGUUUGUUGAGAAUGGCUAGCACCAGUGUAUUACGAGAGAAGGUUGAAUGGGAAGAAAUUCUCAUCACCCUCUCUACGACUCUGAGCAAACAGAAACGGGGUAAAUGCACUGUCUACCCAUUCUACCACAAUAGCAUCUCACUCUUGUCCUCAUACUUGGCUCAUGAGGCAGGUAUUGAGGUAGCCGUGCAGAACAUGGCAGGACAGCCUGCGCAGCAACCGACUAGGUCUACAGGACGAUUUGACGAAACCAAGAUCGCUGUGAUAGGCUACUCUGGUCGGUUUCCCGAGGCCGCAUCCAAUGACGAGUUUUGGAAUCUUCUUCGGUCUGGUCGCGACGUUCAUCGCAACAUACCAGAGGAUCGAUUCAACUGGGAGACAUACCAUGAUCCGACGGGGAAGAAGAGAAAUACGAACAAGGUCCAACAUGGCUGCUUCAUCAAUCAGCCUGGCUUAUUUGACUCGCAAUUCUUCAAUAUGUCGCCCCGCGAGGCAAACAGUACCGAUCCAGCACAAAGGCUAGCAAUCACCGCUACAUACGAGGCAAUGGAGAUGGCUGGCAUGGUGCCCAACAGAACUCCUUCGACGCAACAAGACCGCGUCGGCGUCUUUUUUGGCAUCACAAGUGAUGACUGGAGAGAGGUCAAUAGUAGCCAGGACGUCGACACCUACUUUAUUCCGGGCGGUGUCAGAGCUUUCUUGCCUGGGCGGAUUAGUUACUAUUUUCGAUUUUCCGGGCCCAGUCUCAGCAUUGACACGGCUUGCUCCUCUAGCUUUGCUGCCAUCCAGUCGGCUUGUGGAUAUUUGCUGAGAGGCGAAUGUGAUACCGCGAUUGCAGGUGGGACAAAUGUGCUCACGAACCCAGACAUCUUUACUGGUCUGGACCGCGGUCAUUUUCUGGCCAAAACUGGCAACUGUAAUACCUUUGAUGACGAGGCUUCUGGAUAUUGCCGGGCCGAAGGAGUCGGCGCAGUGAUUCUCAAGCGCCUGGAAGACGCCCUAGAGGACAACGACCCAAUCUUUGGAGUCAUCGCUGGAUCCAACACCAACCACUGCGGACAAACAGACUCGAUUACGCGGCCGCAUGAAGGCGAUCAAGCGGCAGUCUUUAACCGCGUCCUGAGAUAUCAAGGUGUUGACCCCAACGAAAUCAGCUAUGUGGAGAUGCAUGGCACUGGUACGCAAGCCGGUGACGCCACGGAAAUGCGCUCUGUGCUCUCCGUGUUUCUCCCCGACCAACGGCGCAGCGCCAACCAGCCUCUAUAUUUGGGCUCAGCAAAAGCCAACGUCGGGCAUUCUGAAUCGGCAUCUGGCGUGGUGUCUCUGAUCAAGGCGUUGCUCAUGAUGAAGAACAAUGAGAUUCCGCCGCACUGUGGCAUCAAGACCCGUAUCAACAGAAACUACCCCACGGACCUCGCCCAGCGCAAUGUCCGCAUUGCCUUUGAGCCUACGCCCUGGAGGCGAGAAAGUUCCGCCGGCGGAACGAGAAGGAUGUUUUUGAACAAUUUUAGCGCAGCUGGCGGCAACACUGCAAUCCUUUUGGAAGAUGCUCCAAGUCCUCCAGAAACUGUACACUCCACAGGGCAAGGCGAGCGUGGCACAUACUUGGUCACGGUUUCGGCGAAAUCCGCAAAGUCUCUCGUUGUCAACUUGGAGCGCUUGGUAUCGUUCCUGGAGGAGAAUCCCUCCUGUUCUCUUCCGGCACUUUCUUAUACGACAACAGCCAGACGAAUCCAUCAUCGCUAUAGGGUAGCUUGCUCGGGUGAUUCCAUUGCCGCUGUUCUGGAGAAGCUCAAGUCGCAGGCUCAGUCCCAAUCUCAGUCUCUUACUCAAACCCCAAGGCUAGGCGCUUCCAAAACACCAAAAGUGGUCUUUGUUUUCACAGGCCAGGGAAACCUGUACACGAGCCUAGGCCGAGAGCUCUAUGAAACCGUUUCGAGUUUUCGCGAGGACAUUGCUCAAUUCGAUAAUAUCGCGCAGCAGCAUGGCUUCCCGCCAUUUCUCUCACUCAUAGAUGGUUCAAUCGCGAGCCUCGAGGGCGUGGACACAUGCACGAGCCACUUGGCCCUGGUAUGCCUUCAGAUGGCGCUGAGCCGGCUCUGGAAUGCAUGGAAUAUUCAGCCGAGCAUGGUGAUAGGCCACAGCUUGGGCGAGUACGCAGCACUCUUUGCCGCUGGGGUCAUCAGUGCUAGCGAUGCCAUCCUAUUAGUGGGCACAAGAGCGACGUUGCUGGCGAGACACUGCAGCCCCGGAACUCACGGUAUGAUGGCCAUCAAGGCAGCCGUCGACAGCAUCCUGCCGCUUCUCCAUGAGUCAUCGUGUGAGAUUACGUGCAUCAAUCAGCCGAGUGGAGUUGUCGUCGGUGGCAAGAAGCAGAACAUUGACGAGCUCGCGACCAAGGUCCAAGGACUGGGCUACCCAACGGUACCACUUGAUAUUCCCUUUUCUUUCCAUACAUCGCAGGUUGAUCCGAUCCUUGCCGACUUUGAAAAGGCUGCACAGAAUGUUCAUUAUUCUACACCCAAAAUGCCCAUCCUGUCUCCGCUGCUCGGCCAUGUCAUCAAUGAUGGGCAACCCUUUGACGGAGACUAUCUUGCCCGGGCAUGCCGUGGUGUAGUCAACUUUCAAGGGGCACUGGAAGCCGCCAAAUUUGUCUCCCUCGUCGAUGAGAACACCGUCUGGCUCGAGAUGGGCUCGCAUCCUGCCUGCUCUGGAAUGAUCAAGGGAACAUUGGGCUCCCAAUCAACUAUCUUGGCAUCAGUCCGGAACGCUACCUCGCCAUGGACCACCAUGGUUUCUGCCCUCGAGUCCAUGUAUGUCAAGGGCCUGGAAAUUGACUGGAACAACUUUCAUCGGAGCUCUGGCGAGUCCCAUCAAGUCAUCCAGCUGCCGCAGUACAGCUGGGAUCUGAAGAAUUACUGGAUCACUUACAAGAAUGACUGGCUCCUGACCAAGGGGGAGUGCUGCUCCGUGAAGCCUCAGGCUUCGCAAGGCACAGCAAGUACCAAUGCAGUCCGAUAUCUUUCGCCUGCGGUUCAGCGUGUACUGGAAGAAAGUCAUACUGCCGCGCAGUCUAGCCUGCUGGCCGAGUCCGAUUUGUUCGACAACAGGCUGUUACCCGUUCUGAACGGGCAUAAAGUGAAUGGGGCGGCGUUGUGCCCAUCGAGUUUAUAUGGUGACAUCGCACUGACAGUAGGAAGAGCCCUUGUUGAAGGAAGUGAAUCAUCCCACUUUACGGGCUUUGAAGUUUGCGACGUCAAGGUCGAUCACCCUCUAAUUGCCCUUGCAUCGGACAAGUCCCGCCUAUUCCGCGUCUCAGCCACCGCUGAUUGGGCUUCGCAGCUCAUCUCCAUCUCAAUUUACAGCGUCGACGAUGGUGGCAACACGACGGCGCACCAUGCUAAAGCCAAUGUCCGCUUGAUCAUUGACAAGGCCGACUGGCUUACCGAGUGGAAACCCAUGGCUUACCUGAUUCGCGGUCGGAUUGCUUCUCUCGAACGGGGCGUCGCCGAUGGUAAUAUCCACAAGCUGAAACGCUCCAUGGUCUACAAGCUUUUCACCUCCAUCGUGGACUAUAGCUCCGAGUAUCAGGGUAUGCAGGAGGUCAUCCUUGACAGUGAUGAGCUCGAAGCAACAGCAAAAGUGUCCUUCCGUGUGGAUCAUCAGGGAUUCGUCAUGAAUCCGCGUUGGAUCGACAGCCUGGGCCACUUGGCCGGAUUCAUCAUGAACGGGAAUGAAUACACGCAAUCUGACAAGCAAGUCUUCAUCAAUCACGGCUGGGAUCGCCUCCGGUUCGCCGAGACUCUGUGUGAGGAAAAGGUCUAUACUACAUACACCAAGAUGCAGCUUGUAGAGAGCAAGCUCUAUAUCGGUGACACCUAUGUUCUGGACGGGGAACGCAUCGUUGCCAAGUUUGACAAGGUCGCGUUUCAAGGAGUUCCCCGCAAGGUUCUCGGCAGGCUCUUACCCAGUUCCAAAGAAGCGGCACCGGUGCCCGGCAUCAAGAGAGAGACAUCGAAUGAGAAGCCGUGGCCGGCCGCUACUCCAGCACCAGCCCAAAGCGACAUUCGGCGCCCAAGUGCCACACGCUCGUCAGAAGACGUCGACUUCCGUCGCGUCUUGAAAAUCAUCGCGGAAGAGGUGGGAAUCACCCUCUCGGAGUUACAGCCUGACGUCCAACUCGCCGAUCUUGGGCUCGACUCGUUGCUUUCACUGACAAUCUCCUCACGCAUCAACGACGAAAUGGGGUUGGACUUGCCAUCGACGCUUUUUGUGGAACAUCCCACAGUGAAGGACUUGCAAUUCUUCUUUCAUACAGAGGGACGCAGUCACAGUGACACACCGAGGCUUGUCGACGAUAUUUCGUCAGACUCUAGCUUUGACCACAGUGACGUUGCUCCCAACGACGUUCCUCCUCCCAACGACACUGGAGCUGUUACGGCCAUGAUCCGCCAAGCAAUUGCCGACGAGACGGGCAUAGCGGUCGAGGAGCUCGAGUCUACGGCCUGUCUGGCUGAUCUUGGCGUGGAUUCACUUCUCAGCCUCACCAUUGCAGACUCUCUCACAGAGGCUCUUGGCGCCGAAGUGUCCAGCAGCCUUUUGCUGGAGAGCACAACACUGAAAGACCUCGAGGGUACGCUGGGCAAAGUAUUGGGCCGCAACGUGACUGAGCUCAAUGGUACGAGCAGUCUUGGCGUACUCACACCCGCAACAUCCUUUGUUAGCCAGCCAAAGGUGGUGGACCAAAUUGUCUCCAAUGCGCCGCACGCAACCUCCAUCGUGCUCCAGCGCGCGAAAACUCCCGUGGCUAGCCGUGUCAUGUUCUUGCUCCCCGAUGGAUCUGGAUCAGCUGCUUCGUACGCCUUGCUCGCCAAACUGGAACCCAGUGUCAAAGUCUACGGACUGAAUUGCCCGUGGCGGGCCACGCCAGAAGACAUGACCCGGCUAGGGGUGACGACGGCUCAGGUUGUUGCCAAGUUUGUUGCCGAAAUCCGACGACUCCAGCCACACGGCCCCUACUAUCUGGGCGGGUGGUCGGCCGGAGGCAUCUUUGCCUUUGAGGCGACUCGGGCGCUCAUGGCAGCAGGCGAGGUCGUCGAGAAGCUGCUGCUCAUCGACGCGCCAAACCCCAUCGGUCUCGAGAACCCGCCGUCCAAGAUGUUUGACUUUUUCGAGAGCGCCGGCGUGUUUGGCAAGAUGACGGGCAGCAACAACGUGCCAAAGUGGCUGCGCCACCACUUUGACGCAACGGUCACCAUGCUGGACGGGUACGCGCCUGUACCGCUGCCCAACGCGCCGCCUACGGUGGUGAUUUACGCGCGCGAUGGCAUCUUGAAGGACCCGAGCGCGCCGCAGAUGGAGACGGCGCCGAAUGACCCGCGCGAGAUGCUCUGGCUUCUACACGACCGGACCGACUUUUCGGCCGCCGGCUGGGCGGCGCUGAUUGGGCGUGGUCGCAUGAAUAUCCAUGUGCUGAGCAAUGUGAAUCAUUUUACCAUGAUGGACGAGGGUCCGCACAUGGAGGAAAUGCGCGGCUAUGUUCGAAAGGAAAUAUUGGAUCUGUAA